CGCUCUUUGACGCUCAUGCAAUAAAAGAAAAAAACGUCAAUUUAUGGCUUUCAGAUGCCGCCCGAGAAAAUCUUCUUUAUUUUCGUGCCAGUAACCCCUUUUCCCGAGGUUUCCCUGUUCCCUUUUUCGUCACCCAAGGUUCUCUUUUUUCUUUCUUCAACUCCAGCGAAUGGUAUCUGGAAUGCCCUAUCAACGUGUGGGGCCCAACGGCGAAGUGAAUAGCUUGCUAUUUAAAUAUAAGCUCGCCAAAGCACUCACCAUGGUGAGUUUGGUCGCUGUCUUUCUUAUGGCCUUGGGAUCCCUCGUUUAUCCUGAGCUGUCGUGGCGUGGUUCGUCCAAUGUUGCUGAGGAUCACCCCGUUGCAGAAGCUCCGGUGGAACCUGCCAGUUACGGCGGCGUGAAAAGCAAAGACAAGUGCCAGCUGCCAUCCAAGAUUAUGUUGCCAAUGAGUCCCGAUGGAACAUACAGCCCUCCUUCCCCCGACGAUUCGCUUCUCAAGGUUCUGGAAUAUGUAGCUCCCGACGAUUAUGACAAAUACUGCCAAAGCUGGGAUCCCGUCAGUGGAUUUACGGACGAAAUACCGUAUAAUAAAAACGGCGAAUGCGGUACGUGGCAAGCGAAAUAUCGAGCUUUGCACGAACGUCGAUUGGAACAGCUGGAACGGUUGAAAGCGGGUGACCUGGAAAGUUUCCAGCACGAAGAUAAGCCAAUGUUUAUCUCUUAUUACUGUAAAGAAGUGCCUAAAAAUAGCAACCGAGGCUGUGGUGGACUGGCGGAUCGAAUGAGCGGAAUGAUAUCUACGUUUUUCUACGGUCUUAUCACGGAUCGCGCCUACCUUGCCCACUGGGCCAACGGAAAUCCGAUCCCCUUGGAGUUAUUAUUUGAAAAGCCCAACAUUGACUGGAGCUUUGACCCGAUCGAGAUGCGACGAUUAUUCGAUCAGGAAGAUAGUGAAUUUUUCAGCUUCAAAGCGGUCGAUACGUUGAACCAGAAAUGGAAACAGCUCGGUGAAACGAUGUUUCCCAACGGUAGUCAUCAAGAUUUCAGGGAACUUUGGACAGAGAAGUAUCUUGAAGUGCGAUCCAACCGUGCAUAUAUCAUUCGUACCUACCAAGAAUCGGCUAUUUAUCCUGAUAUGAUGGCCAAAAUCGGUCUUAGUAAGGAAAACACUUUUGGUUGCCUUACGGACUUCCUUUUCCAGCCCACCAUCGGAUCGCGCCGCUUUUACAAUGCUUUCAAGGCAUUAUUUAAACUGGAUAGCGUGCUAACUAUUGGCAUGCAAAUCCGUACGGACGAUAACGCUAUUGCCAAUCCUCAACUCGAUCAGAACAAUCUCCAAAAGUGGGACUACUUUUUGACCUGCGCUAACCAGCUCGCCGAUGCGAAACGCCAAGCUCAUCACAAGCGCGUGGUUUACUUUUUGAUCACCGAUUCCACCAAACUGCGUGACGAAUUUGUAUCGAUGAAUGAAAACAGCAACCUGGCACAACGGUUUUUGCAAGGUCGAUCGCAGCAUACGAGUAUGGUCGUCACUGGAUUGCCCAUCGAUCACAUUGAACCCGACCAAGUAUCUAAAUACAUCAACGUGACAAACCCUGUCCAAGUCACGCAGGAGCGCAUGCUGCCCGGUGUCAACAGCGCUGUCAUUGAGAACUGGCUCUUGAGUGCAGCGGAUUAUCGCAUCAUUAGUCCUCAGGGCUACGGCAAAUUGGCGGCUUUCCAUUCCAACUCGGAUAACAGCACCAUUGCCUUGCCAAGAGUGACGUUGAAGGCUCGUGCACCCGAUUGCUCCAAGCCCAACGCGUUCGUGACUUAUGACUGGCUAAGCACCCAGUGGAGCUUGGGUUAAGCUCCUUGUAUCUAUUUCUGUUUUCCAACUUCUUUUUUCCCUUUCUAUUUAUUGUUUUUCUUUUUUGUUUAUCUGUUGUGAUUCGAUCAAAGACGCCGCCCCAGGGUGUCAACCUCUUAUGAAACGAUUGCAUCUUCAUUUUCCAUACAUUCAAUGACUGAAAGACUUACAUACCUGCGAUGGCCUCAACAUAAACAUACCAAAUAAAUAUCAAAUUUUUUUUUGAUCAAUAAGCACAUUAACAUGUGUUUGAUAGUAAGGAAGAAACAUCAAAAUUCGUACCAUUUGUCUCUCAGUGAUGCUCUU